AUGACAGUGGAGGUGGCCGUGGGUAUGGUGUUGGGUGCUGCGCAAACUCUAUUUGCAGCAUUACAAUGCAAGGAAUUGAAAGAGUUCUACUCUAAAUUUAAGUAUGAUUCGCAACUUGAGGCACUCCGAGGCACCGUCGAAACCAUCCAGAAAGUCCUCCUUGAUGCGGAUUCCCGGCAUCUCGAGCUCAACAAUCAGGGGUUGGAGUGGGUUAACAAGCUCAAGGAUGCUGUCUAUGAAGCUGAUGAUUUGUUCGACAAGUUUGCCACGGUUGCUCAGCAACAUAAAAGGAUGCCUGGCAGUAAGAUUCCGAAAAAGGUACACGCUUUCUUUUCUAGUGAAAAUCAGUUGCUUUUUCGCUUUAGGACAUGUAAUGAGAUUAAGGAGAUUAGAAAGAAGCUAGAUGGUGUUGCUAAAGAUCAUACUCAGUUUGGGUUUAGUGAUGUGUAUAGGCCAGUUAAGAGAAAAGAGGAAACUUGGUCUUAUGUCCAUCAAGAUAGUAUUAUUGGGAGAGAUACUGAUAAGGAGGAGAUUAUGGGUAUGUUGUUGAGAGAAUCAGAUUCUUCGGUUGAUAGUGUUUCUUUUGUGAGUAUUGUCGGGAUGGCAGGACUAGGCAAAACUGCUCUUGCUCAACUUGUGUACAAUGAUGUUAGAAUUAAUGACGAAUUUGAUUUGAAGUUGUGGGUUUGUGUCUCUGAUGAUUUCAUCAUGCAAGAAAUCCUUUGUAAGAUGUUGAAGUCGGCCACUGAGCAAGAUCAUGGUGAUAUAGGAGCUGAAGGGGUGCAGAAUAAAGUGAGACAUUGUAUAGAAGGGAAAAAAUAUUUCCUUAUUCCAGAUGAUUUGUGGAACGAAAGUCGUGAUGAAUGGCUCAAGUUGAGAGACUUCUUGCAAGUAGGUGCGAGAGGAAGCCGAGUUGUGGUGACUACACGCUCAGAAAGGGUGGCAGGAGCUAUAGGAGACUAUCCAAUGUUCAGAUUGAGAGGUUUGUCAGAUGAUUAUUCUUGGCGUUUGUUUAAGAGAGUAGCAUUUAACCUAGGGAGUAGAGAGAUUGAUGAUGACCUUGUGGACCUUGGUUCUUGUAAAAUGCAUGAUUUGAUUCAUGAUCUUGCACAAGAAAUUGCAGGAAAGGAGUCGUACUUGAUGGAGGACACUAGCAAAAGCCCUUUUGAUAGAAAAUCUCGUCAUCUCGCUAUUUUAGUUAGGCGCUCUCUGGUGCUUAGUCCAAGUGAUACUUUUAGCAAAUUGAGUGGAUUGCGUACGCUUCUCCGGCAUCAUUGGCUGGAAUGUGAAUCACAUGUGUCCACAAUAUUAGCAAACUGCAGGCGUUUGAGGGUGUUGGACUUGCACAAGCUUAAGAUAAAAGCUUUAACAAGUACAAUAAAGAACCUUUUGCAUUUAAGGCUAGAAGAGUUGCCUAAGGACUUGAGGGAACUAGUCAAUCUUAAGCAUUUGGAGAUGACAUAUUGCCUUAGUUUGACUCAUAUGCCCAUUGGAAUGGAUAGUAUGACUGGUCUACGUACCCUUACAAGGUUUGUGUUUGGGCCAGAAAGUUCCAAGAAAGGCCAGACGGGGCAACUAAGAGAUUUGGUACCUCUAAUUAACCUUAGAGAUAUUCCCAAUGUAGAGCUGAUGGAGUCUGAUAAUAAUGUUGCACUUUCGUUUCCGUCACUUGAUCAACUGUUACUUGAUGGAUGUCCUAGGUUGAAGUCUUUUCCUAGAUGUCCACGUCUGAAAGGUCUUAGUCUGCGGGACCUGAAUGAAGCAUUUACAUUUUGUGAACAAAGAGAUGAUGAAGCAAAUGCAACCACCCCUGCUGCCUCCUCAUUUUCUGCCUCGUCUUCAAGCGGCAGCAACGACAAUCAUUCAGCUGGUGUUGAUGUUUUUGAUUUGCGAGAUUUAAAAACAGACAAUUUAGGAUUAAUUAAGUCCCUUUUUGGGGAGUCUAUACGAAGCAUUGAUAAACUCAGAUUGCGUCAUAUGGAGGUGGAGAGUUUGUCGAGUGUUGAAGAAGAGUAUCAUCGGAAGUACGCAUUUUCCAUUCGUAGUCUACAGUUUGAAAGUUGCCGAAACUUAAAGAGUCUGUCGGGAAUAGAGCAUCUCACCAACUUGAAAAGCCUCUGUAUUGAGUAUUGUCCUAACCUGGAAUUGGAAGAAGAAAAAGGGUUUCCAUGGAAAGACCUUCACGCCCUCUCUAACUUGAACUUGUUUGGUCUUCCACAGUUGAUAGAUCUACCAAAGGGCAUUCAAUACUUGACUUCCCUUCAAAGUCUCUGUAUUAAAGAUUGUGAAAAUAUGAAACCCACCCGGAGUGGCUUCAUUGCCCCUAGUCUUUGCGGUCACUUUCUAUUACUCGUAGACAUAGUUCAACGUGAUUUAGUUGUUGAGUAUGCUGAUGGUGUAAAAAGAGCAAUGUUAGCUUUUCGUACACUUCUUUAG